AUGGCGUCCCAAAUAACAAACAAGCCGCAGCUUGUGUUGUGGCCGUCACUCCUCACGCUGCUCUUCUUGUCCGGCGCCCUAGAGGCUGCUGCUGGAACGGGCACCAGCACCUCCUCCGUGAGCUCCAUCAGCUCCUCUGCCGCCGACGAUGCGGCCGCCGCUACGGGCCGCAGGUCGCUGGCUGCGGCGUCGCAGAGCGUGUUCAGACUCGACCGCUACGGCGCCUGCGGCGACGGGAGCCACGACGACACCCAGGCGCUGGCCAGGGCGUGGAAGGCGGCGUGCGCCUCGCCGCGGCCGGCCGUCCUGCUCGUCCCCGGUGGCAAGCGCUACCUACUCAAGCUCGUCAGCCUCUCCGGCCCGUGCAAGUCCAGUGUCAUGGUGACAUUGAAGGGUACCCUCGUGGCGUCGCCCGACCGGUCCGACUGGAGCGACGAGGACUGGCGGCACUGGAUCGUCUUCCGUCAGGUCGACAGGCUCACCGUCAACGGCGGCGGCACCGUCGACGGCAACGGCGAGACGUGGUGGAAGAACUCGUGCAAGAUCAACAAGGCUCUCCCGUGCAAGGAGGCCCCAACGGCGCUGUCGUUCCACUACUGCACGAGCCUGAGAGUGCAGGAUCUAAAGAUUGUCAACAGCCAACAGAUUCACAUGUCCAUCGAAGAUUGCACCGGUGUGCAGUUGACAGGAUUGUCGAUCACAGCGCCCGGCACCAGUCCGAACACUGACGGCAUCCACAUCACACGCAGCAACGAUGUGCAGGUCACCAACUGCAAGAUCAAGACAGGUGAUGAUUGCCUGUCCAUCGAGUCCGGGACGAACAACCUCCAUGUGUCGAAAGUCGUGUGUGGGCCAGGGCACGGGAUCAGCAUUGGGAGUCUAGGAGAUGACAACUCGAGAGCCGAAGUCUCAGGCAUCACCAUAUAUUCAGUGCAAUUAUACGGCACGACCAAUGGAGCACGCAUCAAGACGUACCAGGGAGGAAGCGGGUACGCCAAGGACAUCACGUUCCAAAACAUGGUCAUGUACAACGUCGCGAACCCGAUCAUCAUCGACCAGAACUACUGCGACAAGGCUACGCCAUGCGAGGCGCAGGAGUCGGCAGUGGAGGUCAGCAAUGUUGUGUUCAAGAACAUCAAGGGGACGACAGUGACCAAGGACGCCAUCAAGCUGAACUGCAGCAUGCAUGUCCCGUGCCAUGGUAUUACCCUGCAGAACAUUAACCUGAAGAUGCAGGGCAGUAACGGUAAGGAUGCCGCAAAAAGCACCUGUCAGAAUGCGACAUGGAGAAAAUCCGGGACGGUUCUUCCACAGCCGUGCACCUCCAAAAACUAG